GUGGAAGAAAUGGAGUUGUUGCAGUAAAACCUAAGAGUGUUGUUGAAUACAAUGAAAUAAAAAAAGGGGUAGAUGUGUCAGACCAGAUGUCAAGUUAUUACACAGCCUUACGCAAAACAAAAAAAUGGUACAGAAAGAUUGCUGUAGAACUCAUAGCUGGAACUUCAGUGGUGAAUGCUUGGACACUCUAUAAUAAGUACUUUUCUAGAAAGCCUGUAUCAUUACUUAGCUUUCAAGAGUCUCUAAUAUUGUCACUGCUGACUGGCUCUUCUCAGGAAAAUAUAAGACCUGGAAAAAACGAGCAUCUGUUGGAAGGAUCCAAAUAGAGCAGCAGCAUUACCUGGUAGAAGCUGAAGGGCCAAAACGUGCCUCAAGGAAAAGAUGUGUAAGCUGCUAUGAGAUAAUAACAAUAAAUGAAGGUAGCAAGGUGGCUGCAAAGAAAGCAAAAAAAGUGUCCACUUUCUGUCAGUUGUGUGAGGGAAAUCCUUAUAUGUGUUUGUCAUGUUUUGCUACCAAGCAUGCUUGAAAUGAAAGUCGCAUUCUAUGGGUGUUAUGUAUUUACUUACAUUUGCUGUAAGUAACUCAUAUGAGCAAGGAAAAGUCUUACCACAUUUUUUUCACAUUUAGUUUGUAUUAUUUCUAUGAUAUAUAUGUAUUUCUAUUUGGUUUACAUCUCAUAUUAUGCAGGAUAAGUGGGAAUAUUGAUUUUGAUUACUAUGAAGUUUGGACAACUUCUUUUGUAACUUGGAUUUUCAAUAAAAUCAUGAAAUUUGUCAAGCUGUUUACUAAGAUACCUUAUAAAUGUCUCUGUUCUAGUAACAUGAGUAAAAUACAAAUUUCAUUCAUAAUCUCAAAAAUAAAAAAAAAUUUAAAUCAUGUAAUGACCCACCGAUGGGUCAUACCGCAUGAAUGGAUAGUAAACAAUGACCCACCAGUGGGUCGUACCGCACUGAACGUGUUAAAUUAAUUAUGGCAUUGUCCCCAAGAAACCGUCCCGUGCGCUCGCCUCAAUUCCCGGUUCCCACUUCGCAGCUUCUCCACCCAGCUGAUUUCCAGCGCGAUGUUUCGUACCCACGUCGAUUCGUACACAAGGAAAACGAUGUUUCGUACACAAGGAAAACGAUGUUUCGUAUACAAGAAAACCGACGAUUCGUACACUCAGAAUAUAAUUGGUAUGUUCAGGCGGUAGACCACUCCUAGUGUUUACUACAUGUAAUUUCUAGUGUUUACUACAUGUAAUUUCUUAUUAAGUAAUUGUGUAGAUGAAAUGGUAGUUUACUUGAAUGAUGAAUGGUUGUAUGACCCUUUCAAUUAUAUAGUUAUAGAGUUGUUGGCUUCAAUAAUAUACUGGUGGUUAGGCGCACGCAUAAUGCGCGUGUGACCGAACUGACCUCGACUGAGCUCGACAGACAGACAUACACUGACUGACAGACAGACAUAGCUGAUCUUUCCAUACCAUAGCUAUACCUAUAGUUAGAGGUUAGUUUUCAGUUGGUUAUAAAAACAUUAUUUUAAUGUUGCAGGAGCUUAAGUUGGAACAACGUUUUUUGCAAUGUCGGAUGUGUAAAAUGGUUUAUCAUAAUAGUUUUUAUAUUCAACAUUUAAUGUCAUUGUUUUACGUAUCUCUAGGUGUCCAGCUACCGUCAUCCAGAAGAGUGAAAACUUCAUCCCAGGUCAAUAUGAACAUAACCAUCCUUGCAAUCCAUCAGCACUAUUAAAGACACGGGUUAGAGUAGAAGUUCUACAAAAAUGUGCCAGUAAUGCUGAACAGUCAGUUCCUGCAAUAGCUGAACAAGCUUUCCAGGCAUUUCGAACACCACAUACUCAUCAGCUCUGGAACUUGGAUAAUGAUGUAAGAGCUGGUCAGCGCAAACGACAGCGAUUAAUGCCUCCAGAACCUGUAAGUUUAGAUUCUGAGCUUGAUUUAGAUUACAUAGGCCGUGACUUCAUGAAGUCCGAUAUUAAAUCAGCUGACAGUCGUCACAUCCUCUUCGCCACAGAUGAGCAGUUGCAUCUGCUUUCAAACAUUCGUACUUGGUAUGUGGAUGGCACAUUUGACGUAGUGCGCAAACCUUUCCAUCAGCUUUUUACAGUUCAUGGUUUUCUUAGAUCAGAUAAUUGUAUCAAGCAGGUGCCUCUGGCCUUUGUCCUAAUGAGUCACCGUCGCAAGGAUGAUUACAUAAAGGUCUUCAAGGCCAUCCUAGAUUCUUUGCCAAAUGAAGCAAACCUGGAAGAAGUUGUUUGUGACUUUGAGGCAGCAAUCUGGCAGGCUGUGAAGGAGUGCAUGCCUGAUGUACAUCUGCAUGGAUGUCACUUCCACUGGUGUCAGGCAGUGUAUAGAAAGCUUAACAGCCUGGGCCUGUCAACAGCGUACAGGGAGCGUGGCCCUCUGUAUCAUCUUGUUAAGAGAGUGCUAGCACUACCAUAUCUUCCUAGAAGACACAUACGUGGGUCAUUUGACGAACUGAAGCAGCAAGCAGAACAAUCGUCAGAGAUAAUACAACUCUUUGACUAUAUUGAGACUACCUGGUUCCAGUCAUCCAUAUGGGAUGUCGUCAACUGGUGCAACUUCAAAAAAUUGGUGAGAACCAAUAACGAUGCUGAAGGAUGGCACCGACGAUUGAACACCAGGGCUGGAGGGAGCAAUGUACCACUAUACAAGCUCCUGAAAGAUGUGCUGAGAAAAGAAGGACAGUUCGUGACGACGCAGCACCAACUUGUGGCGGAACACAUUCUUAGUAGCCGUUCCAGGCAGUCCUCCAAGAAUAAACAAGCAAAAUUGCACGAGCUGUGGCUGAAAUACGAAAGUCGAGAACUUACAACGAGUGCUUUCCUCUCAGAGUGUGUACCUUUGGUACCUUUAUAAGUUCUUUUAAAGUUUUAAGAUAUAUGACAAAUAAAUAUCAUGAAGUCUUUUUAUUAAUCAAUUCAUUUAUAUUUUUAGGAAAUAAAUAUUAUGAAGUCUUUUUAUUCAUCAAUUCCUUUUAAAAACCACUUAAUAAUGAGUUAGCUGUUUUUAAUGAGGAAAAGGAUCACCAGCGUAGCAACAAACAUCUUUAUUUUCAUUUUGUGUGUGUGUACGAAACGCACCCUGUUAUAGGUACGA